UUCUUCUUCUUUAUUUUAACGGAAAAGAGACUUUAGAAAUAUAUCAUUGGGGCAGAAUAUAUUAAAUUCAUCUCCUUUAUUCAAACUAGCCGUUAGAAGAACCAACUCAGCUCAACACCGCUCUUCUUGUCUCUCUCUUCUUCCCCAUUAUACUUGUUAGCUUUCUUGAUUUCCUCCUCAAAUUCCUCAAGAUUUUCUCUCCAUAACCCUUCAAAUUCAUUUCUAAUAAACACAUAAAAAUGUUUACAGAAGGUUUGGAUGAGUCUGCAAUUAACUGGAUCAAACAGGGGUCUGAAGUUAAACAAUCAUGUAAUACAAGAUCGCCUUUAUCUGAAAAGCUUGAUGAUAGAUACCCAAUUCCCAGAUCUCCUUUGGCUUGUUAUACGCCGAAUUCACAUGUAUUACCACCCUUGAAAUUUCAUUCUGGUCUUUUGAAACCCCUUAAUACAGUGGCACUUAGCGUAGAUAGCAAUGAAGAUGAUUGCAAUUUCGACUAUGAUGAUGAAGAAAUUGAGAGUGAGAGUGUUGCUUCAGCUUCAGAGGAACUUAAUGUCCAUUACUCUGAAGAAGAAGAAGCAAUUGGCACAAAUUCAUCUCAAAUUAAAGCAGCUGGAUUAAGCAAUCGAAAUGGGUCCACACUGAAUAGAGGAAUUUUACAAGAGAAUCUUCGAAUUGAAGUACCGGGAAAUGCUAGGAGAUUUACUGAGGGAAGUGGACAGAAAGCUAAUAUUUUGGGUAUUCCUAGCUAUCUGCGUGAAAAAGUUCUACCACAUAGCGCCUAUGCAACACCCGUUGGUAAGCUAAUUGAUUUAGGAACCCCGAGUGCACCACCGAUAGUUGAUAUUGGAGCAGAUGAAGCUAACUCUGAACUAGCAAGUGGAUUGAGCACUUCUGGAGGAUUGACUGAAACUGAGCAUAAUUAUAAGGAAGCUUUUUCAGAAACACCAGAAGAGGCCUGGUAUGGAAAUGGAUUGUGUAUUUCUGAAGGAUUGUCUAGAACACAGGACAGCAAUAAGAUAAAUAUUCCAAACGUUGCACAAGUUCUUUCAGAGACUGAAAAUAGAGGGGGAGAUAAGGCAAGUGAUGCACUUCCCUAUUCCCAGCAAGGGAAUUCGGUGGGAUUUCCAAGCCGUUAUGAUACCAGUCAAAACGGAUGGCAAGUUCUCCUGGCUUAUGAUGCUUGCAUCCGUCUAUGCCUAAAUGCUUGGGCAAGAGGAUGUGUUGAGGCACCUGAGUUUUUACGUGAUGAAUGCCAGAUGCUUCGAAGUGCUUUCUGCUUGCAGAAACUGUUGUUGCAACCUCGAUGCAUGCAGACAACAGAAAGGAGUCAUAAGACCAAUGGACAAACAUUACCCUUAAAAGUGAGAAAGUUAGUCGGGAAGGUUCGUGUGGAAGUAAGAAAGUUAAGAAUUGUACCAAAGAGGAAGCUUAAGAGCACCAACUCAAUGCGAGGUGCAAUUAGCAUGCAUGCAGGAGCAGAUUAUGUCCGACAUGUUUCAUCACUGGUGAAAAAUGGAAUCAACUCUCUUAAAAUUCAUUCAUCUCUGUUGACAUGUGAAGAAUCCUUGAGAUGCUUAGUUGUCCUGAAGAGUUCAACUGAAGAUACUAAAUUCGAACCAAAUUCUGCUGUUACGCUGAUAUCGGGAAGUGGUGAUCACCAUGACUUUUUUCCAGAGAACCAAGGAGAUGCUCUUUUGCUUGAAGUACAAGAUAUGAGGAAAAGUACUUUGGGUCGAACUUCAAUACCAGUUUCAGCCGUGGCUGACAAUAAUAAUGAUAAGAUUCGCUGGUGGCCCAUUUAUCAUGAUGAUAAUGAAUGUGUUGGGAAGGUUCAGCUAUCAAUCAAUUGUACAAUCACAACUGAUGAGACAACACAAGUCAAGAGUGGACCGAUUGCGGAGACUCUUGCAUAUGAUCUGCUACUGGAGGCUUCAAUGCGUGCUCAACAAUUCUGUGCACGAAGUUUAAGGUCUGAGGAACCUUGGAACUGGUUACUCACAGAAUUUUCUGAGUACUAUGGGGUAACAGACACCUAUACUAGAUUGAGGUACCUUUCAUAUGUCAUGGAUGUUGCGACUCCAACAAAAGAUUGUUUGGAGCUCAUUCAUGAGUUGCUUGUGCCAGUUAUGAAGGCAAGGAGUGACAGAAGUAUGACAAGACAAGAGAAAAGUUUGCUUCUGGAUUGUGAAACUGAGAUUGAAGGUCUCUUGGCCACUGUGUUCGAAAACUACAAGUCAUUGGAUGAAAGCUGUCCUAUAGGCUUAGCAGACAUGUCAGCUCCUAUACCAGAAACUGCAGCACCAGCACUUGUUCCUGCCGUGCAAAUUUACACUCUUCUCCAUGAUAUACUUGCUCAAGAUGCACAAAUGACACUUAGGAACUAUAUACAGACAGCAGCAGCAAAGAGGUGCCGAAAGCACAUGAUGGAAACUGACGACUUCUUGUCAAUAAACCUUGAUGGCUUUGUCAUGGAUUCAGUAACAAUAUCCACUGCUUAUUCGAAGAUGAAGAACCUCUGUUCCCACAUAUCAAAUGAAAUCCAGGCAGAUAUUAAGAUCCAUAACCAACAUAUACUUCCUAGUUCAAUUGAUCUCUCUAGCAUAACGGCAUCAGUUUAUAGCACUGAAUUGUAUAAGAGGCUCAAGAACUUUCUUGCUGCAUGGCCUCCAUCGAGUCCUUCUCCACAUGUGAAUGAGCUUUUGAUUGCAGCAGCUGAUUUUGAGAGGAAUCUAGACUCAUGGAACAUCAGCUCAGUGCAAGGUGGUGUAGACUCAAGGGGUCUCUUUCAUAGUUAUAUAAUGGUAUGGAUAGAAGAUAUGCAACUUCACUUACUUGAGCUUUGCAAGGCAGAAAAGGUGUUAUGGUCUGGAGUUGUUACAAACUAUUCGACUUCUCCUUUUGCUGAAGAAAUGUUCGAAAAAACCAAACAAAUGUUAACCGAGUAUGAAGUAGUGAUCAACCGUUGGCCUCAGUACACAGUCAUUCUGGAGAAUGCUGUUGCUAAUGUAGAAAGAGCAAUUAUAAAAGCCAUGGAGAAACAGUAUAAUGAGAUCUUGACCCCCCUGAAGGACAGCAUUCCAAAGAAGCUCGGAAUGCAAGUUCAGAAAUUAGCAAGAAGGCAAUCAACCACUCUUUAUAGCAUUCCUAAUCAGUUGGGGACUUUCUUGAAUACAAUCAAGAGAAUUCUUGACGUCCUACACUGUAAACUAGAGGACAUUUUGAAGUCGUGGGCAUCCUAUCUACCAGCAAAUGGAGAGAAGAAGUCCAACUUCGGGGAGCAACUGAAUGGAGUUACAGUAUUGCUGAGGACUAAAUACAAGAACUACAUACAGGCAAUAAUAAUCAAGCUUGCCAAUAAUACACAAUCGAAUCGUUGCACACGUUUGCAGAGGAUUUUGGAGGAAACAAAAGAAACAGAUGGGGAGGCUGAGAUCCGUGAAAGACUGCAAAUGCUGAAUUCACAACUCUCAGAUUCCAUAAGCAACUUGCAGGAAGUCUUUACAAGUGCAAUAUUUGUUGCAAUCUGUCGUGGAUAUUGGGACAAAAUGGGACAGAUCAUACUGAAAUUUUUAGAAGGAAGAAAAGAGAAUCGAGUAUGGUAUAGCGGUUCCUACCAUGCUCUUGGGGUUCUGGACGAUAUAUUUGCUUCCCAAAUGCAAAGAUUGCAAGGAAACGCGUUGCAAGAGAAGGAUAUUGAGCCCCCACGUUCAAUUGUCGAAGCUCGAGCUAUACUCUGUAGAGACACUAGCAAUUGUCCAGAUUCCUCCAACUACUUGUAUUUUUAGGAAUACAAAGACUCCUUCAUAUGCUCUUGGUGUACUAUGACGUUUUUUUGGUUUACUAUUUCUUCAUGUUCAUAUAUAUUCUUUUGUAUGUAAAAUUUCCAAUUCUUUUUGUAAGCUGUCAUCAAUAAGAAUAAAAUACUUGUCUCAUAC